AUGAAGCAUUCAAUUUCAAAGGAUCCAUUCGAAUCAGCGUUUGAGGAAUCACCAUCACCACCGGAUUCUCCAAUCGAAACCGAACCAUACCCCACUCCCAAUCCCUUCCUUUCACUACCUACUAACACCAAUAACAAUGAAGAAGAAAAAUACGAUGAAGAAGAUGAUGAAAUGGAUGCUGAAUUCGCCAAGUUUCAUUCUGCUUCUAUUGGUGAUCCUCACAAAUUGGCUAGAUUGCAGAAUGUUUUUUUCCAAUUCACAGAAGAACAAAUGAGUAGAUAUGAGUCUUUCCGUAGGGCUGCAUUCCAGAAAGCUACAAUGAGACGGGUUUUAGCAACCAUCGCUGGGACCCAGUCAAUCUCUAAGCCAGUUUUAGUUGUAGUAUCGGGGAUUACAAAAAUGUUUGUGGGUGAUGUUGUGGAAAGAGCCAGAAUAAUUAUGAAUGAGAGGAAGGAAUCUGGACCGAUCCAGCCAUGUCAUCUGAGAGAAGCACAUAGGCGAUUAAAGCUUGAAGGAAAAGUCUUUAAGAGAAAGGUCCCGAGGCUCUUUCGGUAG